UUGUCAUUUCGUUAUUGACCCACUUCGUUCCUCCUUUCUCCUUCCCAUUCGAUACGAUACCCUUAAUUCAACUUUCCUCUUCUUGCCUUAUUUUUUUUAGGGUUUUCCAAUUUUAUUCCAUUCAAUCGUUUCGAUCUUCCAUGAAACUCCCAUUUAUCGUGCCAAAACUGUAAUUUUGAGGAAGAUUUUUGAAGGAGAAAGAAAAUUCAUUUCUGGUUUUUUUAUGUAAAGUGAAAAAAAAAACAUUUUUGGUCUUCUUCAACUCAUUUUGAAGUUCUUGUCGAAGAAAUUCUAUUUUAGGUUUCUUGGGUUUGUGUUUUUGCAUCUUACUGUACUAAAGUUCAUUAUUUGUGUACUGUUGGUGGCUGUUACAAUCACCCAUUUCACGAAUUUGGGUCAUAAGAGAUCUGGUGCUGCAAAUUCAUGUGUUUCUAGAAAAAGGGUAUGAUUUCAGGUUUUCUAAACCUUAUUUUAUUGCUUGUUUAAAUUGGUUAUUUUUUUGGAGUUAAUUGCUAAAUUGUUGAGAUUUGGAAUAGUUGACUGUAUGUGAACUGUCUGAAAGGGAAUAUUUGUGUUGUUUUGGCUAUUUUUGGAUUGAAGUAUUAUAGGAGUAGUUAAGAUGGAUAAUUCAAGAAAGAGGCAGAAUGAAUAUUUGGGUGUGAACAAGAUUGGGAAGAAUAUAAAGAAAAGUCCAUUGCAUCAACCGAAUUUUGUUAAUAGUAAUGCUAAUGCUAAUGUUAAUAACAAUAAUCCUGCAAGACAACAACCUCAACCUCAGGUGUAUAACAUUAGCAAGAGUGAUUUCAGGAGCAUUGUUCAGCAGUUGACGGGUUCGCCUUCGAGGCAAGAUCCUUUGCCUAGACCACCUAAUAACCCACCUAAGCAUCCUAGUAUGCGGCUUCAACGCAUUAGACCUCCUCCGUUGACCCCAAUUAAUCGAGCUCCUAUUCCUUCGGUGGUGGCUGCUCCUGCUCCUAUGCAAAUGCAGCACCCACCGCCACAGGGCCCUCCUUUUAGGCCACCACAAGGACCUCCUAUGGGACCACCACAGGGUCCUCCUAUGGGACCAUCGCAGGGUUUCAAUAAUAGACCGCCACCGCAGUUUGGUCAGCGUUCCCCUAGAGGGGUGCAACCCUUUGGUCAGGGAGAUGGGGGUUGGGCAGUUCCAGCGCUAUCUCCUAUAUCGGCUUAUAUGAAGCAAUUGCAAAAUUGUAUUGGUGAUGGAAGUCCUAGACCAAAUCAGUUUUAUCAGCAACCUAAUAUGCCUGGACAAUUUCAAGCUGAACCUCAGAUGCAUUCACCACAUGGUCCAAGGCAUAUGCAAGGUCAACCUCAGAUGCAACCACAGCCUCAACCACAAACACAACCACACCCUUCUGUGCAUAUUCAAGCUCAUGGUCAACAUUCUAUGCACCCACAGGGUCCUGGCCAAGUCCCGCCACAACCACACCCUCCUGUGCAUAUUCAAGCUCAAGGGCAACAUCCUAUGCACCCACAGCAUCCCGGCCAAGCCCCGCCACAACCACAAUCACAACCGCAACCAAGUCCCCAACCGCCAUCUUCUGGUUUGGUUCCUAACCCGAACAUGCCUCCAUUGCCUUCACCUGGAGCUUAUGGUGGUGCUCCUUUACUGUCACCAACUUCUCAAUUCCUAUUGCCUUCACCAACUAGUUUCUUUAACAUGCUGUCUCCAGCACCCAGGUCUCCAUAUCCCCUUCUGUCACCAGGAAGUCAGUUCCCACCACCAUUGAGUCCAACUUUUGCAUUUUCACCUUUUGGUCAAUCUGGGAAUUUCGGUUCAGGUCCUCACCCACCACUUUCUCCAGGAUACGCAUUUCCUUUAUCACCUUCGGGUGUUUUCCCCAUUUCGAGCCCCAGAUGGAGAGAUCCUAACAUUUAAAACUUGUGAAUGAUUGGUUAGUUGGCUGUAGCAAGAAUGUCUAGGAUGCAGACACAUAUCCUUCAUUAUAGGAGUCUUUUGAAUGUUUACAUUGAGAUGAUAUCUACAAUCUGAUCUCAGUUCAGAGGAGAUUAUAACCAUUUGGUAGCUCUUUGUCCAUACUGAUUAUUAUGUACAUGAGGGGAAUGAUAUCAGCUGCAAGUUGCUGGUUCUUUGGCAGAAAAACAUCUUUAAUGGCGCUCUGAUACAAUCAUACAAUAUCAGCAAACGUUGGCCGAGCCCAAAUCAAUAUGAAGUGGAAGAUCAAAGAUUACCACCAAAACAAGUAGGCAUUACAGCCACUCAUGAGUAUAUUUUGUAACCAACUUAGUGAACAGUUAAGCAUACCUUCAUAUUUUUUUGGUUUCUUUUAGGGGUAACUUAUAUUUCUUAUCUUUUUAUGUAGAACAGUAAGUUUUUUCUGUAUUUUUUUACCAGUUGCAUUGACAUAAUGGGGUUUUUGCAGCUGUAUAGCUGAUUUAGGGCUUAUAGAAUCUGAUAUGAAUGUUUUUUUGGGGUGAUUGUGUUUGCAAUUGGAUAUAGGCAAAUGUGUUUUAUUCAUCGCUUCUUUCGUGUUGAGUCGGUAAAUCACAUGAUGUUCCUUUUUACUUGCA